AUGCCUGCGUCCUCUCGCGCUUCUCAGCCCUCCUCCAGGGCGACGUCACCUGCCCCUUCUCAUUCGUCGAAUAAAUCUUCGCUUUCCGACCAGAUCAAGCAGAAGGUUUCGAGCGGGUUCAACAAAGUCAAGAAAGUCACUAAGGCCCUUACUCGGCCUCUCAAGAAGAAGUCUCCCUCCGUCCAUACUCGAUCUUCCGCGGCGCCGUCCCAGCCCAUCGAGAUACCCAGUGACGACGACGACAGCAAUCAACCAAAGUCAAAGAAACAAACAAAAGUUCAGGUAUCACAAGAGCAGAAGCAGAAGGAUCAGGCUCAGCUUGGACACGGUUACCAGUGGUUCAAGUGCUCGGCCUCCGUUUGCAAACAAAGCGGCGGGGUUAAACGCUACCUUCAUACUGGCGACCGGGCAAGCACCACUAAUCUCUUCUCGCACGCUCGCCAGUGCUUUGGCGACAAGGCCGUUGAUGCAGGAACCAAGCCGGAUACCGACCGCGACGGCAGCAUAUUUGCAGCAUGGGACCGGCCUGGGCAGGAGCCUGUUGUCGCGUCCUAUCGGCAGCAUACGUCCUCUGAAACACGUGCCCACUUGGUGAAGUGGAUUACUGAGGCCAAUCGACCAAUACGGAUUGUAGAAGACCGCGGCUUCAGGACGUUGAUGCGCACCGGACGACCAAGCCUAGAGCUUCCUAUCUCAAGGACUUGCACCGAGUUCUUUGGGUAA